CCAGCUGACUGCUAGUAGCCGAUCUGAAGUCGACCAAGACACUCGCAGCGGUAAUAACAACCGCGAACUCAGCGGCGCACGUGCAUCUAUUUACAAUAAUCACACUAACGCAAUUAAAACUGCAUUCAGUAAUAAAUAUUUCAGAUAUUUUUGAAUAAAUUUACAUUGCGUUUGAAAUGUUUACGUAGCAUGAUAAGAAACAAAUGAACAAUACACAGAAUUUCAAUUGCGAAAAUGACGCUGCGGGUCGAAGUGCCCGGUGACAAGGUUGUGAAUGUUGAAUCAUGUAGUAAGUGCAGCAGCAAAUCGUUCAGCGGAGACUUGGUAAAACGGGAAGGGAAAUUUAACAGAAGAUUGAAAAGGCUCAUCAAAGACGCGUGGUCGUUCCGGUCUAAAAUAACAGUCGAGCCGUACGUAGUCUGUUACAUACUACCCAGCGUUCUGGCAGGAUUGGCAGUGCAAAACUUGUGUAUGGAGAAAUCAUGUUUAGUGAACUUGAACUACGACGAGCGCACUUGCAACAACAUAAUGCAAGGUCGAACAGCGAAUCUCACUCACCAAGAACAAAACGUGCAGAGGAUGGUAGCCAGUAUGACAGCGUGGAGUUUUCCCUUGCAGACCGCAGUGCCCGGUAUCUUAGCCCUGUUCGUUGGCGCCUGGAGCGAUCGAACAGGGAACCGAAAAGCUUUCAUGCUUCUACCAAUCCUUGGGAAGUUGCUGUCCAUAGUCGGCAUUAUAUUGAGCACAGUAUUUUUCCUACAAGUCGGCGUGAACGAAACGGCUGUUAUCGAGGGUCUUCCGCCAGCUCUAGCAGGUGGAAGGGUCGCUAUGACCAUGGCAGUGUAUAGUUACGUCACAGACAUUACCAAUGAAUCCGAAAGGACUUUCCGGCUAGGAAUUAUUACGGCUAUUUUGACACUCAGCAGGCCAAUCGGUCUGGCACUCAGUGGUAUAAUGACGAAACGUUACGGUUAUUACGGUGUUUUUACUGUUGCGUGUAUUUUUUAUAUGUUCGGCUUUGUAUACAUCUUACUGCGGUUAAAAGAGAAACCGAAGAAAACAGUUGAUUGUGAAAAAACUGAAUCGUUAACGUUUUCUGUGAAGGAUCUUAUUGCAACUGUGAAUGUAGCGUUCAAAGUUCGAGAAGGAACAGGCCGAUUGCAAAUAAUAUUAAUAAUGUUUGCUUAUAUGUUCAUCGUGGGACCUGUAUUAGGUGAGGCGCAGAUGACGUACUGGUUCACACGCUACAAGUUCAAGUUCACCGAAGUUGACUACAGCUUGUUCCUAACGUAUUCCGUCCUGGUUGGAACUGUCGGUUCUUUCGUCACGAUAUAUCUGUUUAGCAAGAGAUGGAAGAUAGAAGACAGCAUCAUUGGCAUCAUCGCGUGUAUCAGCCGCGUGGCAGCUAGUCUGGUGUACGCGAUGGCUCCCAACAGGACAGUAUACUUCCUUGGGCCUGUUCUGGACAUGUUCAGCUCUGCAGGGGCGACCUCCUUGCGCUCAAUAGCCACAAAACUAGUGAAUGCUAAUGAAGUUGGAAAAACUAGCUCUCUUAUCAGCAUAUCGGAAGCAUUAGUGCCUGUAAUAUACUCACCUGUUUACAGCAAGGUAUAUCUGAGCACACUGUCCACCUUCGCUGGGGCGUUCUACCUCAUUAGUGCCAGUUUGGCUGUUCCUGCUAUUCUUAUAUAUUUGACCUUAUACUGUAUACGAAGAAAAGACAUUGAGAACACAAGCACAGAAGAUAAACCAAAAGAAGAUGAAAUUACCAAGUUCUAGACGUUCUAUUAUUAGCAAAUAUUAUCAUAUAUUUAUUGUUAAGUUCUGU